CGGUGGCCGCUGCGCGCUUCCGCGUCACUUCCUUGUUCUUCAGUGGAAGGCGAAAACUUUUCACGGGUCAGACACGUCCGGGGUAGCCACUUUGUUUUCGGUUAAGCCAGCGUUAAAUGUUGUAACCAAACAUCUAAUUCCUCCUUCAUUGCUCCGAGCUCGCUCCGAGCCGACACAGAGUUAGAAGUUAUGGCUGACAGCCGAGAAGAAGAGGACCGAGAAGGAGACCAGGAGCCUCAGGGCGCCGUGGGUGGGGAAGAUGUUAUUGAUGAUCCCAUCCUGGAGCAAGGAGCAGUGGUCCUCAGAGGGUAUGUGACUCAACGCAUAAACGCAGAGGAGCCUGGUCGACACGUGUCCGCUGAGCAUCUGGGAGGAAGGCCAAAUGAACAACAGGAUCCACAAAUCAAAGAAGUGGUGAAACAUUUAAUCAAGAUUGCAGAUGACAUUAACAGGAAUGUUGAACUCCAACGACUGAUCAACCAGGUUCCGAGCAACUGUGCUCAGGACAUCUUCAUGAAGGUGGCCAGGAGCAUCUUUACUGAUGGCAUCAACUGGGGUCGAGUGGUGGCUCUCUUCCAUCUGGCCUACAGACUCAUACACAAGGCACUGACCACCAACCAUCUAGAGAACAUCAGAACAAUCAUCAGCUGGGUUCUCCAGUUCAUCAGAGAGAACAUCUACCCCUGGCUCGUACAGCAGGGAGGCUGGGCGGGUGUGAUCAGUGGUGUAUCUCGGUGGAGGACAGCAGCCUUAGUAGCAUCAGUAGCAUUGGUAGUAGCUAUUGUUUACUACAGAAAGACACGCUGAGAGCACUGGACCUUACCACCUCACAACCAGGGCUACAGUCCCGUCUACUGGAUAAACGCAACUCAUUGAUAAAGACUAAAGAGUUUUUGGACAUUAAUUACAACCACUCCUCAACCACGAUCUCUUCAACCAGAGGAGGUCAAGUACUGUACUCAGAGGGGGGAAACCUCUUCUCUUCUCUUCUCUUCUCUUCUCAGGAUUCCAAGAACAAAAAAGUGCCUUUACAACCAGAGGUCUACUGGGAUCUCCAUCAUCCUUCACCAGCAACUGUAUGGAAGUACAAGAGCUGCUGCAGCACACCUUCUAGCAGCCACAUUGGAGCUCUGGGUGGGGUUCGGCGUAAAAAUUUCUCUGGGUCUUUGGUCUAAGCAAAAUUUGAACUAGACCUGAGAAGACAUAAAUAAACCUGAAAAAUAGUUUGAUGACAACAGCCCUUUUUAGAUCAGAUACAAAUUGUCAGUCUUCGGAAGACCUCAAAUGAGCCAUCUCAACAGAAUCCAAACGACUUGUAAAGUGGAAAAACACACUGGUAAAAGAAGUAUAAUAAUUCCCAUUUUAAAGUUUUCUUGUUAUACUAUCCCUCACAUGAAACCACAUGAAUGUCCCGGCUAAUGUAAAGAUACCAUAGGUUUAUAUUGUGGCCAUCAGCUGUAAUUAUAUCAGCUUUGUUUUUAAGAAACCAUGUUUUUCCAUCGGUUAGUAGAUGAACCUCAGUCACUGUGGCUGUGAAAAGAAAGCCAAAAGGCACAAAUCAGAGAUGUGGUGAAUUCAGAGCGCUUCAUUGUUGCAGCAGACCUUUUUAACAGCACACUCUUUGGCAUGUCAUAGCACAAAAAGCACUGGUGCCACAUUAACAAUGGCUGCACACCAUUUGCUCAUUCCAGGGCCCUUGCAUCAUUUAAUUAUAUUGUUAAUGAAAUGAUUUGCACACAAAAAGCUCCAUUGCCAACAAAACACAGUGUCUGAGUAGCCUGAAUCUGAGAGUGAAAUAAUUUUAACUGCUUAAGGUAUUAUCAGAUUUUUUUUUUUACAAAACGUAAUCUUAAAUUCAAGCUCAGUUAUUGGGCAUUUCUUACUGAAAUAUUUCUUCAGGGAUGUUGUCGACUUGCCUCCUUCAGUUAUCAUAUAAUAAGCAGAAAGGACAUCGACCUAUUUGCUGGGGUAAUUUGACUAGUUCAAAAGAAAAUGGCGAUUGUUGUUAGUAGCCAUGCUGACAGCACACAUCAGUUGUUAAGGCCACGUGUUCACCACAGCGUUUUUUUCCAAGCUGAAAAUGCCAGGCACUCUUCAGGAAAUGCCUAGCUGGGAUUGUUUGGGAGCGCGGUUGCGUCUGGGUGCUAUGAUACAAAAUAUCCGCAGAAGUAUACACGUCGGCACAAGGUGGAGAACUUGCUCUGGAUGAGGGGAAAGGUGAAGCCCACCAGGACCCACCAGCCUGUGUGGGUUCAUGAGAGGACACAUUUAUUAAUAUCUAUUCAGCAUAUUAACAUAUUCCUCCUCCACUGUUGUUGUUGACAGUGACGAGCGCAGCGUUUUACCUUAAGUUACCUAAAUUUUUCAACAUUCAGCGCUCAGUGCCUCAGCAUGCUUCUGGCAUUUGUAAGGUAGCAUAAGUACGAUGCGCCCCCAUUGCAAAUAAUUAAAAAAAUUCACUGGGCUCAGAAAAAAAACGCUUUGGUAGACAUGGCCCCCAACUCACUAUUAAACACCCUUCGUUCAAACUCAAGAGAAACUAAACACAACUCACCCAAACUGAUUUUGUUAGCAGUCUUUCCACUGUUUCAACAAUCACCAACUCAGGUUUGGUCAAAAUUAAAUGUUUAUUUACCAAGUUAGAUACGAAAAUAUGCAGAUCAGCACACUGUUUAUCUCCGCUGUCUCUCUCUGCCUCUCAGCUGUCAAUUCAGCAGCUGCCGACUGAGCAGCGCCUCUUACUCAGUCUUCAGAGGCAACCAAAGUAAAUCAUGUUUCAACAAACAUGAGCAACAAAAUUAAAAAAAAAGGGAAAUACAAUAUUAUUUUAAAGGUAACAGAUUGCUUAUUUGAAAACGUACUCCACUGCUCAUUACUGCAAAACCUCACCUCAGUGAGUUCACGACUUGCCGCACGUUGGUUUGGUUUUACGGAAGUUAGCCCGCUACAAUGGUUGAAUAGGCAACAGUACACAUAAUAAUGGCCACCACUCCGUCUUUCCAGCUAUGUUGAUUUGAAUGAAAAUGUCCGCUCUGUUUUUAUUUGCCGUUGACUAUCUAUAAAAAAAUACAGAUAUUUUCUAUCAGGGUUGCUAACUUUUCUACUGAUAAUUGAAUGAGAGAGUUUCAUGUCCAUCAUUCAACCAUCUAAUGUUGUUUAAGCAGAAAAUAAAUGGGACUUCCAGAAGCCAUGGCACUGGGAAUAAGUUCUCCCACCACACAACUCCUACAACUAGUGUGGUGAAGUUCUUUUAGAGGGUGAGAUACUUUAUUGCUGGUGUUGAUUAUGUGUUUACAUUCAAUCUAGUAGCUAAUGAACUGUGAUCAGCUGACCAUCACUGUGCUGUGAACACACCUCAGUUGCACACUGGCUGUUAAAAACACUGAUGGAGCAUUUACAGCCGAGGUCGUGUAAUCCUCUGUACCAGCAGUUAGAAAGCUCAUUUCUGCUGCUUCUGUCUCUCUGUAAUUGUCUUCCUGUUGUGUGUGAAUGUGGUUGGUUGAUACAUGUGUCAAACAUUGGGUUGGGUGGAUUUUUAUAUACCUUCCUGCUUUUAUGUAUACAGUAUAUGACGGUAUGGCUGUUUACAGUCCUGUAACGUUAUUCCACGAAUGUAUUGAGAGACCUGGAUACAACAUUGGCAGUAGGACCCGGUUCAUCCCUGUGAAAGUUGCUCAGUGGUCCGUGAAGCCAAAAAAGCUGUAUAACUGCUAUAUGAAAUUACCCGGCUGAUUAGCACCUCUUCCCAUCAUUGGGCCCUAGGAGCAAGCACACUAGAGACUUCUACCGGCCAAGCUGGCUAUUUCCAGUUUAGUGCUUUGCUAACUUCAAUGGGGAUGAAAAAUAAUUUAUUCUGGAGGCUCUUUUAGACUUUCCAAAGGUUAUCGUACCAAUCAGAUUAAAUCCUGAUAGUCAAAAGAGUAGUUUCGUGGGGGUUUUCACACUCAAGAAAUGUAUCUCCUCUAUCUUAUAGUCUCUUUCCCAAUCAAAGUCUAUGGGGAAAAGUCAUCUUAGGCCCAAUGACAUCACGUGACGGGAUGCUUAAUGUUAUUCCACUGUUUGGCCACUUCUAAAAUUGGCCUCAAAGCCCAGCACACUUCAUUUGGGCUUGCGUUAUCCCCACCACUUGCAGUCAGCUGCCUGUUCCACCAAAAGAGACUGACCUCUAGUGGCGCAUGCCAUGCACUACAUACAAUACAUUCUCAAUACAGCAUCUCCAUAUCAGUUUAUUUAAGGAGUGUCUGUAUUUUUGACGGUAUUGGAAAUCAUACCAUUAGGAUUUCUGAAUACCCUGGUAUACUGUAAUACUGUGAUACUGUCCAAGCGCUGCAUGAUAGUCAUUUGACUGAGGAAUUCAGCAGCCUGGAAACUACUGUUAGCCUUGGAUGCAGAUUUAGGACCCACUGUCAAAUCAGUCUGACCACCAAAACAGGAAGAUGCUAUUUAUGGCACCAAGUACAGACGAAUAAGAGAGGCAAAGGCAGCAGAACAAAUGUUCAAACUUUAACCUGCUAAUGGCAAACUGAGCAACAACCUACAGCAGCUGUUGGUCAGAAUGUUGUUCUGUCACUAAGUUGCACAAGAGAUGGAAGUAGAGACUUUUUUCUAUCUUUCUUUUCCAUUUGGUGAUGUUUAAGGAACAAUCAUAAAAUGCUUAAGUGGACGACAGUUGACUUCUCAGAUUGAGAUAGUUAACUAUCUGCAUGUAAAGACAUGAAGCUCAUUGUAAGAGUUGCUUUUACUUAGAACAUGACUGGAGACCCAACUUCACGGUCAUCAUGAUUAUCAUUUUCCAGCCUGGUUGCUUGUUGCAGUAUUUCAACUUUAUCGUCACACACUUCUCCAACGGAUUUUUAUAAUGAACAGAUGUGGGUAGUUUUUUUAAACCUGUAAAACCUCUGUGACUGUAAGACUAAAAGAACUAUGCCUUUUAGUUUGAAACUUGUAAUAAUCUUCAAUUAGAGUCUUAACAUAUGAGGAGCAGGACCAGUUUCUAAGUACAUGAAAUCUUUCUUCACAGUUCUGUAGUUAAUAGAUAAAGAAAUAAUUAUUUAAAGUAGCGCUUUGUGCUUAUUGCAGUUUAUAAGGGUCAGAUGAUUUUAUGGAUGAUUUCUAGGGGAACAGUCAGUGGCUUGUAGCAGACCUCGGUGCUGUUACCUAGUGCCACAUUUGCUUUUGUCAGGUUUUUUGCUUCCAAAUUGAUCGUGUACUUUUGAGAGGGAUAUCACACUAUUUAUCUGCUGUUCUGUGGUGUUUUUUUUUUUAAAUGUAAUGAUUAUUUUAUUGUUAGAUUAACAAUCUCAUUGGACUUCAUUUCUGUGAAUAAAUUAAAAACAUGUUAUAACACUCA